AUGGGCCGUGUUACAGCCCUCGGUAACCAUGCCGCAAAGCAGCCUCGACGGUCUUCCGCUCCAUCAGAUCAGAUUCUUGUCGCAUGGCAGGUCAACCUAAAGGGCAGCAAGCGCAGGCUUAGGUUUCUCCUACGAUGCCUGACCUGCGUUGGUCGCCAGCCAGAAAUUAUUGCCAUCCAGGAUCCUCCGCCCGAGUUUGCAUGGUGGCAGAGUCGUGGUUACAAGGCAGAGUUUUGCGCUGUUCGUCCGCCUAAGGAGGACGACGGCCCUUUCGCAAUCGCCUGUGCGGAGCGUGAGAAAAAGAAAAGGAAGUCAGCAGAAGAGCCGCGGCCACCCAAAGAGCUCGUCUCUCUCUAUCGCAUGGGCUUUUACGUCCACGAUUCGAUUCCCCUUGCAGACUGGAACGUUUCUUUUCACGACAAUGGCAACAAGUCUAUGGUGGCCACCCUGAAGCUUUCGACACGGUCUGGCUCGAUUGCUAUUCACAACGUCUACAAUCAUACGUUGAACCUCGACAUGGCUGAGCUCCUUGCUACAUGUACAACCAGUCCAUCAGAUCUCCUUCUCGGCGACUUCAAUCUGCAUCAUUCACUUUGGGGCGGGCCGAACGUCAAGCCCAACAGUCCACAGGCGGAACAACUGUACCACGGCACUCAGAUCGCCGGCAUGAGGUGCCUCACCAAGCCUACCAUCACCUACUCUCGUGGCACGCAGAAGGACGGCACUUUUUGCUCCACCAUUGACUUGGCAUUUGCUGGCUGUUCGGUUGCAGACCAGAUUCAAGACCAUGGGCCACUUGCUGUCCGGGGCUUUGAGUCGGAUCACCGCGUUAUACAGACGACCCUGUCUGUGGAACCCGGCCGUGUGAGGGGCACUCGAUAUAUCUGGUCCCAGGCGGAUCGUUCCGAGUUCCGGAGGGAUGUGGCCGCGCAGUUGGAGGAUGCGGGACUUCUUUGGCGGCUGGUCUGUUCCAAGACUGGUAUCGAUCAUUACUUUUUCGACUUGCUCCAGAUCCUGCGAGACGCUGUAGCCCACUACGUUCCCUUGGCCGAUCCCUGCAGCGUUUACCGCCGAGCCAAGGCAGUCAGCGACAGUGUCAAGCUCAACCUGGCACUUGAACGUCGAGCUUUGUCGAAGCUUACAAGCGGUCUUGGGUCGGGAGCAGAUUUCUACCACUACCGACGACGCGUCAACUACCUCAUGAAGACCAAAGAAGCCAGGGACUUUCGCCAGGCUACUGCUGGGAGUACGAGAAACCCUCAAAGCCUUUACCGACGGGCCAAGUGGGGGGCCCAGUCGUGUGCACCUCGAGGACUGUCGCACAUGCCCCCAUUACUCGAUUCGAACGGCGCUCUCGAUCCAGAGCGCGAACAGCUCUACUCUCCCGAUCGCUUGGAGGCGGGUGAGAUUUUAUCCCUCUUGGAUGAAAUGCCCACUGGCAGGUCGCCCGGCCCGGAUGGUGUUGCGGCAGAAGCCCUCAAGAUGUUGCACCGAGUCAAAGCAGCUGAUGGAACAGAACUAGCACCGAGCAUCAUCGCCCCAUAUCUUGAGCGUGGCAUCAAUGCUGCAUUUAGACUGUCUCAUCAUCCGCCGAUAUUCAAACAGGCCAAGACUGUCGUCCUGCGCAAAUCCGAGAAGGAUGCGUAUAAUGUCGCCAAAAGCUACCGGCCGGUUGCGCUCUUGUCUUUUAUUGGGAAGCUAAUCGAGAAGGCGAUUGCAAACCGCUUAAAGUUUCUUGCCAUGGCUCAUCAGCUCAUUCCAGGCGCACAGUUUGCACUCCCUAGCAAGUCGACAACCCACGCCCUGGAGUCUCUCAUCAACCACGUGUACCAGGCAUGGUGCGUCAAAGCUCCCGCUGAUAUCAAGGCGACCCUGAUGACCAUUGAUCAGACUGGUGCUUUCGACCGCGUCGGGCGUCAGGAUCUUCUCCGGAUUCUCAUCCAACUGGGCAUCCCAACCUGGCUUGUUCUGUAUGUCUGUUCGUUUCUUUCGGAUCGAAGCACCUUUCUUGUGUUUCCGGGUCACACAUCAGAGAGGUUUUGGGUCAACAUUGGGAUUCCUCAAGGUAGCCCCUUGUCGCCUAUUCUUUAUCUUUACUUCUCCCGCCAGAUUCUUGAGCGUCUCAAGGUCUCCUGCCCCUGGGCAGAUGCGGUACUGGCAACUUCCUAUAUGGAUGACACCUGCAUUCUGGUCACGUCUGCGUCCUACAAGCUGAACUGCGUCGCUCUGAAGCUCUUGUUUGACUUUUUGGUUGCCUGGGCGUCGCCGAACGGCAUCUACUUUGGCGCCGGAAAGACCAAGAUCAUGCACUUUCACCGACCCUGGAGCCGAUGCCCCGAGUCCACGGAGAUGCCUCAAAUCUAA